AUGGACGCCAUUUCUGAUUUCUUUCAGCGCGUGCCGCAGCCUCUUCAGUGGAGUCUUGCUGGUAUUGGUGCCCUCGUGCUCGGCUCCAAGCUGUUGAGCUAUCUCCAGCUCGUCCUCAGCGCCUUCGUUCUGGGAGGCACCAACCUCCGAAAGUAUGGCAAGCCUGGCACCUGGGCUGUCGUGACUGGCGCCUCUGAUGGCCUGGGCAAGGAGUACGCUCUUCAGCUCGCCGCUAAGGGCUUCAACCUCGUCCUCGUUUCCCGAACUCUGUCGAAGCUAGAGUCUCUGGCUGCCGAGAUCCAGGAAAAGUUCCCCGGAAAGGGCCUCGAGAUUAAGAGCCUUGCCAUGGAUUUCUCCCAGAACAACGAUGCCGACUACGAGCGACUGGCCGAGCUUAUCCAGGGUCUGGACGUUGGUAUCUUGAUCAACAAUGUCGGCCAGAGCCAUAGCAUUCCCGUUUCCUUCCUGGAGACUGCGAAGGAGGAGCUCCAGAACAUCAUCACUAUCAACUGUAUCGGCACACUUCGGGUUACUCAGACUGUCGCUCCUAUCUUGAAGCAGCGAAAGCGUGGCCUUAUUCUGACCAUGGGCUCUUUCGGCGGCUGGACUCCUACACCCUACCUGGCCACCUACUCUGGUAGCAAGGCUUUCCUUCAGCAGUGGAGCAACGCCCUGUCUUCGGAGCUUGCUGAUGACAACGUCGAUGUUUACCUUGUUCUGAGCCAUCUCGUCACCACGGCCAUGAGCAAGGUCCGCCGCCCCAGUCUGCUUGUCCCCAAUGCUCGCAACUUUGUCAAGGCCGCACUUGGAAAGGUUGGCCUGGGUGGCUACCAGACUGCCCCCAACACCUACACACCUUGGUGGAGCCACGCCUUUAUGCUCUGGCUGAUUGAGAACGUUCCUGGUGUCAACAGCCCCAUCACCAUUUACUACAACAAGAAGAUGCACGUGGACAUCCGACGGAGGGCUCUGCGCAAGGCGGCUCGGGAGGCUAAGAAGCAGUAA